ACCGUCCACAAGAGACAUCCGUUUCUCUCACUCUACCCACAGUGUUUGUCAAAGGUUCUGCCAAAAUCUUUAUCACUGUUCUGGGUGAUCUGAUGAGUAGUGCUCUGAGGAACAUCGGUGAUCUGUUGGCUAUGCCGUACGGUUGUGGAGAGCAGAACAUGCUGCUUUUCGCCCCCAAUAUCUACAUCCUUCAAUACCUGGAGAGCAGCGGGCAGCUCACUCCUGAGAUUAAAAACCGAGCCAUGACCUUCCUGGAGAGCG